AUGCCAUUGGUGGAGUUUGCGUACAACAAUAACUUUCGUGCGAGCAUUGGAAUGGCUCCGUAUGAAGCCCUGUAUGGACGAAAGUGCCAAUCUCCACUUUGUUGGUAUGAGACUGGUGAAGUAAUUGUUUUGGGUCCUAAUUUGGUAGCAGAGACCACUGAGAAGAUUAAGAAGAUUCCGGAGAGAAUUCUAACGGCACAGAGUCGACAGAAGAGUUAUGCGGAUCAGAGAAGGAAGACGUUGGAGUUUCAUGUAGGAGAACAUAUUCUGAGGCGAUUCAGGCUGGUGGCGUAUCAAGUAGCUUUGCCACCUCAUCUGUCAAACUUGCAUGACGUAUUCCACGUGUCACAACUCUGUAAGUACACGUCGGACGUGGCUCAUGUGUUAGAGCCUGAGUCGGUCGAGUUGAAGGAGAACUUGACAUUUCAAGUAACACCGGUGCGUAUCGAUGACACUAGUGUGAAGAAGCUGCGAGGAAAGGAAGUUUCAUUGGUUAAGGUUGCUUGGAAAAGAGCAGGAGUAGAAGAGCAUACUUGGGAAUUAGAGUCCGAGAUGCGGAAAGAUUAUCCCAAGUUAUUCUCAGUACUUCGAUUCGCGUACCGUCAGCGGCUACACGAAGCUCUCGCCGAGCCCAUCACUCCAUUCAAGCUUUGUGGAUCCACUUGUGAUUUGAUUGGUUAUUCCGAUUCCGAUUUUGCCGAUUGCAAAUUGGAUAGGAAAAGCACUAGCGGCACUUGUCACUUGCUAGGAAACUCUCUUGUUUCAUGGCAUAGUAAGAAACAAGUAAGUGUCGCCUUGUCUACCGCCGAAGCCGAGUAUGUAGCCGCCGGUAGUUGUUGCGCCUAA